CGUUCUAGGAGAUUUAUCAUCCCGAACCCCUCGGUUUCCCCCCACUCAUCCCUUUUCUCGGACGUUUUAGGUAUCGGAAGGGACCGUGGAUGCGAGGGGAGGGCCGUUUUGAGGCCGGGAAACGAGUUGCCUUUGUCAGGGGCGACGCCACUCAUCUCUUCACCCCGGCUUGGAAAGGAAGCAUUUGAGAAGGGAUGGUGCUGACUCGGCAAGCAACGGCAGCGACCGAGGGUCGGGCAGCCCUUACCCUCACAGACCUGCCUUAUCGCAGCCCUCGCCCUUCUACUUCCACUGCUCAAGUACAAGAAAAACUUCACAUCCUCAGCCUGCCUCCUGAAAUACUUGAGCACAUCAUCGACUUCCUCCCAUACCAGGAGGUUGCACAUGUCCGAUUGGCUGGGGAACUCUUACAAGUAGACAGUGGUUGA